AUGUCUACCAACGAGAACAACAACUUUGUCACCCCACUGCCGACUGCAGGCUCAGUCAUCGACCGCGCUAGCAACUUUCGAGGCCUCCAUCACACGAACGAAGCCGACCCUGCCUCGCUCUUCAUGCGCACGACGUUCAUUGCUGGUUCAAGCAAAAGCGAUGCAUAUGAUCAGGCCCGCCGACAUGCUAGGGUCAACAUUCAGCGAUCCGGCCCUCCCUUCAAGUCGCCGGAUACUGCUGCUCUUACAACACUGGUGAUGAGGCGUUGCUGGAAGUUCGGUUGGGAUAACAUCACCAUUUGCGCAUUCGCGUCAUCGAGGCCCACGAGAAAUGUCUUUGAUCGACAGGUGGGAGGCUAUUUCAAGAUAACGGUUGAGCGUGAGGUGGUAUGGGUGGGCAACAGGGAGGUGACCUCUGUCGCCAUAUUAGUCACCCCCGCUUCCCAGGUAUCGAGAGAGGCCGACCGGGAGUUCAAUGUCACAACCGUUUGGAGCAUGGUCGCCUUGCUCUACACUGGAGACUACGACCCAAGAACCAACAGGGAGCUCGAUAUCACAACCGUUCGGAGCAUGGUCACCUUCCUUUACACUGAAGACUUCGACCCAAGAACUAACAGGGAGCUUGAUAUUACAACCGUUCGGAGCAUGGUCACCUUCCUCUACACCGGAGACUACGAUCCAAGAACCGACAAGCUCCAGAUGCCUCUCCCUCCAACGACGAUGAAAGGAGCAAGGAAGCCGAGAUCCAUGAUAAGAGAGGCCGACUGGGAGUUUAAUAUCAUAACCAACCGACAAGCUCCAGAUGCCUCUCCCUCCGACGACGAUGGAACAAGCGAGGAAGCCGAGAUCCAUGAUAGCCAGGGGGACAGCAUGUCGGAAGACUCUGACGUGGUUAUGCCAUCUCCCUCAGGAGCAUGUGAUCAUCCUAAUGUUAUCACUGGAUUCAUCCACCGCGCCAGCAACCUUUGUGUCCUGCACCGCACCAACAAAGUCGACCCUGCCACCCAGCGGUUUGGAGCGACUCAGCCACUCCGGCAGUCAUGGGCCUGCCGACACACUCAGGAUCAAGGUUAUGCGAUACGACUCUCCCUCAAGUCGAUCGGAUACUGCUGGUGGCGAGGCGUCGCUAGAACGUAG